UGAAAAUGAAACGUGUUUGGUUUACUUUUAAAAUAAUUGAAUCGAUUUUGGGUUUGUGUUGUUUGGGCUAUCAUGCACGCGGUUUCCUAAACAUCACCUACAUACAAAGUCACUAUACAUAUGUGGCGGUAUUUGGUGGUUUUUCUCUGAUGGCCAUGUUUGGAUGCCUAAGUAUAUGCCUUAAAGAGCCCGUCUCAGCAUUGCGUGAAGGUUUAUUAAAUUGUAUUGCGGCCAUAGCUUUUAUAUUGGUGUCACUGAAUAGUAUGUAUCAUGCCGAAAAGGAUUUUCAUUUAAUGUAUUUGUCUGCCGAUGUUACGGACGAUAUUGAGGAGGAACAUUUGGAAGAAGUGGAGUUGACACAGCCGCCACAUCCAUUUUUUAAAUAUUCUAAGGCACAAAGUGUAGCGGCUUUGUGUUGUGGUUCUCUAUUUCUGCUGCAUGCGAUUUUGGCAUUUGAUUUGUCAUGGAGCGGUAGUGAAGAGUCGUUUGAGGUGAGUGAUGAUGAUGAGUUCGAUGAUGGUAGUAUAGCAGAGGAUGGUGGUAAAGUUCAACAACGUUUGCCCUAUUAUGUUUUUGGCAAGAAAGUUCACGACUGGUUAAAUCAUUUUGAUUGGUUUAAUUCAUUGGCUGAUAUAACGGCCAACAACAAUAAUAAUGAAGAAGAAUUGAAAGAAGUUAAUUUUCCGACAAAUUAAAUGGAAUUUUAUUAAUAAAUGAAAUAUCAAACACUUUUCUAAUUAAAAAACAGUUUAAAAAUAAACAAUUGCA